AUGAUUUGCUGUUCAUAGUGCGGUGUCGUGUCAGUUUUCUGAAAGUAAAGGCAAGCUGGUUUGUGUGAUAAUGCGGUCUAAGUGUUUGCGACGCUUGAAAAAAUGACGUAUACCUUAGAUUUUAGUGAAACCGGCGUCUUGUGAUGAUUUUUGUAAACGUGUCUAGUUUGAAUUUAAUUGUGGUGAAUGUGUGUGAGACUUAUCGUUGUCGUGCUUUGUAGUGCAGCAUAAUCUUAUAGCAAACAGAGACUAAUUUUACAGUUUUCUUGUCUUUGAAUUUAAAAUUGGAUUUUAUCACAAUUGAAAGUAAUCGAUAUUUAUUAGUCUCUCCUCGUUAUUCCUUGAAAAGAUUUACAUUUUCUUUGGACGCGCGAUAUUCUAAACAUAAUAGAAAUUAUUUGGGUGAAUGAACGUACAUAAACAUUAACAAGACUGGUCACAAAGUUAAAGAAAAGCAAUAAUGGAGGACGCCCACUGUAAAAAUGUGGACGAGGUGGUGAAUUUUUUUGGUGUUGAUUCUGAGAAAGGAUUAGCACCAGAUCAGGUGAAAAGAAAUCAAGAAAAAUAUGGUCUCAACGAAUUGCCAGCCGAAGAGGGAAAAUCCAUCUGGCAACUCGUCUUGGAACAAUUCGACGACCUUCUAGUUAAGAUUCUUCUAUUAGCCGCUAUUAUUUCUUUCGUAUUAGCUUUAUUUGAAGAGCAUGAUGAUGCGUUCACGGCGUUUGUCGAACCAUUCGUUAUUUUGCUCAUUCUUAUUGCCAAUGCCGUCGUUGGUGUGUGGCAAGAACGCAAUGCAGAGUCGGCUAUUGAAGCCCUUAAAGAAUACGAGCCCGAAAUGGGUAAAGUCGUCAGAAGUGAUAAAUCCGGUGUUCAAAGGAUUCGAGCAAAGGAAAUUGUCCCCGGCGACAUUGUUGAAAUAUCAGUCGGUGAUAAAAUUCCAGCUGAUAUUCGAUUAACGAAAAUUUUCUCCACCACCAUUAGGAUUGAUCAAUCCAUUUUGACUGGUGAAUCGGUCUCAGUUAUAAAACACACAGACGCCAUUCCAGAUCCUAGGGCUGUCAAUCAGGACAAGAAAAAUAUUCUUUUCUCGGGAACAAAUGUUGCUGCUGGUAAAGCACGUGGUGUUGUCAUUGGAACUGGAUUGAAUACUGCCAUUGGUAAAAUUCGAACAGAAAUGUCCGAGACAGAGGAAAUUAAAACACCAUUGCAACAAAAAUUGGAUGAAUUUGGCGAGCAAUUGUCUAAAGUUAUUUCUGUGAUUUGCGUGGCUGUGUGGGCCAUUAACAUUGGUCAUUUCAAUGAUCCAGCGCACGGUGGUUCCUGGAUUAAGGGUGCAAUCUACUAUUUCAAGAUUGCCGUCGCUUUAGCUGUCGCCGCCAUUCCAGAAGGUUUACCAGCCGUCAUUACCACCUGUUUGGCUUUAGGAACAAGACGAAUGGCCAAGAAGAACGCAAUUGUUCGUUCUUUGCCAUCUGUUGAAACACUUGGUUGUACAUCAGUUAUUUGUUCCGAUAAAACUGGAACUUUAACGACAAAUCAAAUGUCAGUCAGUCGCAUGUUUGUCUUUGAAAAGAUUGAGGGUAAUGACAGUAGUUUUCAUGAAUUUGAAAUCACUGGUUCGACUUACGAGCCAAUUGGUGAUGUUUUUCUAAAAGGACAGAAGAUUAAGGGUCAGGAUUAUGAGACACUACAUGAAAUGGGAACAAUUUGUAUAAUGUGUAACGAUUCGGCGAUUGAUUUUAAUGAAUUUAAACAAGCUUUUGAAAAGGUCGGUGAGGCGACGGAAACUGCUUUAAUUGUACUGGCGGAGAAAGUGAAUCCUUUCGGUGUUCCAAAAACUGGUCUCGAUCGUCGUACAAGCGCUAUUGUUGUCCGUCAAGAUUUGGAAACAAAAUGGAAGAAGGAAUUUACACUUGAAUUUUCACGUGAUCGUAAAUCAAUGUCCUCAUAUUGUGUGCCAUUGAGAACGACAAAACUUGGUAGUGGCCCAAAAUUGUUCGUUAAGGGAGCGCCUGAAGGUGUUUUAGAUAGAUGUUCACACGCACGUAUUGGUUCACAGAGAUUCCCACUUACGUCGACAUUGAAAAAUCGUAUUCUCGAUCUUACACGUCAAUAUGGUACGGGACGUGAUACACUUCGUUGUCUUGCUCUUGCGACAGCUGAUCAUCCAAUGAAACCAGACGAAAUGGAUCUUGGUGAUUCGACUAAAUUCUAUACGUACGAGAAAGAUUUGACAUUCGUUGGUGUCGUGGGAAUGUUGGACCCACCUCGAAAAGAAGUUUUUGAUUCAAUUGUCAGAUGUCGUGCGGCUGGAAUUCGUGUCAUUGUUAUCACUGGCGAUAAUAAGGCAACAGCUGAAGCUAUCUGCAGACGUAUUGGUGUUUUUGGCGAGGAUGAGGACACCACUGGAAAAUCAUAUUCUGGACGUGAAUUCGAUGAUUUGCCAUUGAGCGAGCAAAAGGCAGCUUGCGCCAGAGCGCGACUUUUCUCUCGAGUUGAACCAUCUCAUAAAUCGAAAAUCGUUGAAUUCUUGCAGGGCAUGAACGAAAUUUCUGCCAUGACUGGUGACGGUGUUAAUGAUGCUCCAGCUUUAAAGAAGGCUGAAAUUGGUAUUGCCAUGGGAUCCGGAACUGCUGUCGCUAAAUCAGCUUCAGAGAUGGUGUUGGCUGAUGACAAUUUCUCUUCCAUUGUGGCUGCUGUCGAGGAAGGCCGUGCUAUUUACAAUAAUAUGAAACAAUUCAUCCGUUAUCUUAUCUCUUCCAACAUUGGUGAAGUCGUCAGUAUUUUCUUGACUGCCGCUCUUGGUCUUCCCGAAGCUUUGAUUCCUGUUCAACUCUUGUGGGUCAAUCUUGUUACUGACGGUCUUCCAGCAACAGCUCUUGGUUUCAAUCCCCCCGAUCUUGACAUUAUGAGCAAGCCACCCCGAAAAGCUGACGAAUCCCUCAUCUCCGGUUGGCUAUUCUUCCGUUAUCUCGCAAUUGGCUUUUACGUCGGCGCUGCAACCGUUGGAUCAGCAGCCUGGUGGUUCUUGUACAGUCCCAAUGGUCCACAAAUGAACUAUUAUCAACUGACCCAUCAUUUAGCCUGCAUUGGAGGAGGAGAAGAAUUCAAGGGCGUCAAUUGCAAAGUGUUCCACGAUCCUCAUCCUAUGACGAUGGCUCUCUCCGUUCUCGUUACAAUUGAAAUGUUGAACGCGAUGAACAGCUUGUCUGAAAAUCAGUCACUCAUCACGAUGCCACCGUGGUCUAAUUUAUGGCUCAUCGCUUCGAUGGCACUUUCAUUUACACUCCACUUUGUCAUUCUAUACAUCGACGUUCUCUCGUCCGUAUUCCAAGUGACGCCAUUGACCGUAGAGGAAUGGAUAACAGUAAUGAAAUUCUCAAUACCGGUGGUGCUUCUCGAUGAAACACUUAAAUUCGUUGCCAGAAAGAUCGCAGACGUUGCACCACCCGUCAAGCCAACGAAGUAAACUCCAAAGCCGACUCUUGAUUCGGCACCUACAACCACAGGAGAUAAAAUAUCGUCAACGUCACACCACCAAAAAAAAAAAAAAAAUCAACGUGGCAGACAUGGUUCGAAUCAAUUUGCGAAAACCAAUCCCUCAAAAAACAAUCUCCUCUGUCGUCAAUGACUAUAUAUAUAUCCUUCCAGACUGAAUUAUGUCCCAUAAAAUUGUAAAUAUAGGCAAAUAGUGAAAAGAAACAAUUAAAAAAAAAAAAAACAAUCCUUUCAAUUUACCUCAAAAAUUUCCUUUCUCCAUUUGCCUAUACAAUUAAAAACUAGCACAUAUAGGGACACUUCAAAAUGGUGAUACAAGCAAAGACUCUCGCUGAUCAAGGACCAAGAUAAAAGGGGGCCGAGGGUGACGGAAAAACUGUUCAACUCAAAUAGUAUUUCUAUAGUUAUAAUGUUAUUAAUAAAACAAAAAAAAAAAACAAAAACAAAAACAAAGAACGAAAAAAAAAAAAUGAAAAACAGUGUGUGUGAAUCGGUGUCAGAAAGAAAUUUUAUCAAUCUCACGUAUUCCCACGCUUCAAAUUUCUUCUACACUUAAUUAUAUUGUACUACAAUUUUAUUGUAAUGUCCAAAAUAAUCCACUCUGUAUGAUUAAUAUACAUAAAAUGAGAUUUUUGGGAGGACUGUUUUCUCAAAAAAAAAAAAAUAAUCUCGAACAUUUUUUCCCGUGACUAUAAAUACAAGUUUGAAUAUUUAUUUCUUGCUGGGCUAAGUAAAAAAAAAUUAUUUUUCAUUUUCAUAGUUUUGCUAAUAGGAAAAAAAAACCCUGGGUGCUAUUCUUUUUCAUUAAAAAAUUGAUAAAAAUAAGAUGAGAAAAAAAUUUUAAUUAUUAUUAUUAGAAAUUUUUAAUGAAAACCAAUAGCACCCAGGAGACGUUAUUAUAACGACGCCGUCAACCAAAAGGGCUUACGUGAGAAACAGCGUUGUUUUUGUUAGACCCUGGGUGCUAUUGUUUUUGUUUGAAAUUUUCAAUUAUGGAUCGUCUUAUUAUGAAAUUUUAAUGAAAAACAAUAGCACCCAGGGUCUAACGAACAGCCGGCGACCGAAAAAAUUUACGCCAGUAACAGCGUCGUUUUUCCUAACCCCUGGGUGCUAUUGUUUUUCAUUGAAAAUUUUAAUUUUUGAUUAUAUUAUUAUAAAUAUUUAACAAUAGCACCCAGGGACUAACGAAUACGACGGCGUUUCUCGCGUUAGUUCUUGAGGUUGCAGCGGUUCAAAUGGAUAUCCGAGGAGCACCCAUAGGUAUCCCAGGGUAUUCGAACCAACGAAGGUAAAUAAACAGCUGGCAACCAAAAGGGAUUACACGAAAAGUAGCGUCGUUUUCCCUAAUCCCUGGGUGCUAUCGUUUUUCACUGAAAAUUUUAAUUUUUGAUUAUAUUAUUAUAAUUAUUUAAUGAAAACAAUAGCACCCAGGGUCUAACGAACAGCUGGCGACCGAAAAAAUUUACGGCAGUAACAGCGUCGUUUUCCCUAACCCCUGGGUGCUAUUGUUUUUCAUUGAAAAUUUUAAUUUUUGAUUAUAUUAUUAAAAAUGCUUAAUGAAAACAAUAGCACCCAGGGUCUAACGAACAGCCGGCGACCGAAAAAAUUUACGCAAGUAACAGCGUCAUUUUCUCCAACCCCUGGGUGCUAUUGUUUUUCACUGAAAAUUUUAAUUUUUGAUUAUAUUAUUAUAAAUAUUUAAUGAAAACAAUAGCACCCAGGGACUAAUGAAGACGACGGCAUUUUUGCGUUAGAUCUUUUGUUUAUCGUGGUUAAAAUUGAUAUCCGAGGAGCAUCCAUAAGUAUUCCAGGGAUUUUCGAAGCAUCGGCAACCGAAAGAGCUUACAAUCGAGAAACAGAGUUGUUUUCUUUAACCCCUGGGUGUCUCUGGGACACCCUACGAGAUGUGCCUGUGUUUUUGGGACAUUCUAUGGGAUAUCUCUGGGUGUCUUUCGAACAUUCUGUGCAAUAUUCCUGGGUGUCUCUGUGCAUCCUACAGGAUAUCAUAUGGGACAUUCCUGGGUGCCCAUGCAAUAUCCUGAUAAAUAUUUCUAGGUGCAUUUGUGUAUCUUAUGGGAAAUCACUGGGUGUCUCUAUGAAUCCUACAGGAUAUCAUAUUUUUUCUGGAGAUUAGAAUAUCUCGAGGAUAUCAUAUGGGACACUUCUGGGUGUCUAUGAAAUAUCCUGAUGAAUAUCUCUGGGUGCCUCUGUGUAUCCUAUGGGAAAUCCCUGGGUGUCUCUGUGAAUCCUACGAGAUAUCAUAAUUUUUUUUGCAGAUUAGAAUAUCUCCAGGAUAUCAUAUGGGACACUUCUGGGUGUCUAUGAAAUAUCCUGAUAAAUAUCUCUGGGUGCCUCUGUGUAUCCUAUGGGAAAUCCCUGGGUGUCUCUGUGAAUCCUACGAGAUAUCAUAAUUUUUUUUUGAGAUUAGAAUAUCUCCAGAAUAUCAUAUGGGACACUCCUGGGUGCCUAUACAAUAUCUUUAGGAAUAUCUCUGGGUGCACUUGUGCAUCCUAUGGGAUAACCCUGGGUGUCUUUGGGCAUCCUAUGGGAUAUUAUAAUUUCAUUGGAAAUUAAAAUAUUUUCAGGACAUCCUAUGGGAUAUCCCUGGGUGUUAGGGUUUAUAAUUAUAUAUAUAUAUAUAUAUAUAUAUAUAUAUAUAUAUAUAUAUAUAUAUAUAUAUAUUAUAGAUUUGUAGUGUAAUUAUGGCGUUUUGUAAAUGCAUAAUUCUGAGGAGGUUUAAUUCAAUCAUUGUGUGUAUUGUGUUGCAGUGAGCGAGGUUGUGGUCGACAAGUGGUAAAGCCAACAUGCAAUAUCAUCCAUGCCAAUUAUCACUGUCAAAAGCUUUCGUAUUCACAAGGGAGAUAACUCGCUGCGCAAUCAUAUAGCUACUGUCGCCGAUAAUCACAGUACACACGAUAACAAAAAAAAAACACAAAAAAAAACAAAAAAAAAGAACAUGCAAAACACUUUGUAUUAACAAUAAUCGUGUGCCGCUAGAAAUUUAUAUUUUAUGUCUAUCCAAAAAUUCUUACUAUUAAUAAUUUAGUCUUCGCUUUUAUCUUCACUUUCUAGUCUUCAUCUUCAUGAAUCUUUAUUUUUAACUUUUAUUAAUUUUUUUUUGUCAGAUAUUUCUUUUUCUUUACUUGAUGUUUCUUUCUCUUUCUAUUUUGUUAAGAUAUUUUCUCCAUUUCUUGUCUUCUUUAAGCAAAUGUUUCUUUUUCAGUUUUUUUUUUUUUUUUUUUUGAUCUUUUUAUCCGCUUACCGCUAACGACGCAGCUUUCGUACAGACGUACAUGCAACUUGUACACUUUACAGCUUUUUCCACUUUUAUAAGCAUUAUUUUUAAGCCACCAUAGUCGACCAACCACAUCAUCGACCGUCGUCUCUUCUUUCUCUUUCUCUCUUUCUUUCUCCCCCCCCCCUUCUCUUUUUAGUAAAAAGUUCUAUUCGAUGGAUUUUUGCAAAGUAACACCAUUUUUAAAAACUCUUGAACUUUACUUUUAAGUUUACCUCGAGUUUUCUUAUAUCUUGGAUUUUUUUAAACGAAUAGUUUUUUUUCUCUCAAAGAAUAAGAGAAUAAUGAAAUAAUUUGUAAUUUUUUUCAUUCUCUUUGAUAAAUGAAUAUUCUUAGUAGCGAGAAGUAUAAAAUAUUCUAAUUUAGUCAAGAGAAAAAAAAGUUUUUAGCCCUAAAAAUUAAUGAAUUUAAUGAAAAGUAAAAUUUUUGUUUUUUUUCAAUUGUAACUAAGUUUAUAUUUUUGUGAAAUUUAUUCGUUUACAAAAAAAGAAAUUUUUUUUCUGCCUUUGAAGAACGAAUAGAAUUUAUAUACUAGAAAUUAUGGAGUUAUAGUUAUCGCGUUCGUAUAGUAAAUAGUAGCCGCGUGGAAUUAUCGUCUGUCGUCCGCUCUCUGCAAUUCUUAAUGAUGUUCAAAUCCCCAAGGCUGAGAAGUUUUUUUUUCCAAUUUAUAAUUAUUAUCUUAGAGAAAAAGUAAUUUAAAGUAAUUUUCAAAAAUAAGAAAAGAAAAUAGAUUAAAAUAAAAUUUUAUUUUUUAAUAUUUUUUCUUUCUUUCUCAAUAUAUACCGUUACCUUCAAAUAAUAAUAAUUGUCGUCCCGUCUUGUUCCUUUAUCAGGGGAUAAUAAAAAAAAAAAAAAAGAAAUCAUUGAAUUGAUAUUUAUAAAGGAUUUUACGAGAAUUAUCACACGUGAAAAACCAGCGAUGAGUGUCCCUUCCUUCCUCCCCCCUGAAAGAAAACCAGGAUCACUAGUGUCGUGUGCGAAUUUGAAAAUCUCCAAUUAUAUAGUGAUAUUUUUAAUUUAAAAUAAUAUAAUGAAAAUUCUUCGACGAAGCCGUCCUAUCAGGAUUCGUCGCAUGCGCUGGAAAAGACCGUUCACAUUUUUAACAAAAAAAAUAAAUAAAUAAUAAGAAAUAAGUGAAAUAAAUAUGUGAAACAUUUAAGUUUCCAAAAAAAUAUCUCUGUCGUACAAAGUAAAAAAUAGUCUGUACCUUUUAUUUCUCUUUAAGUUGAUUUUCGCUUGUACGAUUACGGAAAAAAUAACCUUAAAGUAAAUUUUUGUUAUAUAAAUUUUUUUACACUGUACGAAAGAUUUUCUCAGAAAAA